CCGGUCCGUCGUCCGAAUCACCAGCUUCGUCGCUGAGCCGGCGUCUUCUUCCUCCUCGGCUAUCGCCCCCUUCGUUGGAAAGCUCACAAAGUUCCAAUCUUCUCCCUCGCCCAUCCUUUUUCGCGGAAAAAAUUCAUAGUUUUCUCGCAUGGAGCAAUGGAGAGAGUGAGACCGAGCGAACGAGCUCCAAUAGGGUGAACACGCACCGUCUGUUCGUCUAGCGCUAACCAUAGGCCCCUGCUGGGAGUGCGGAGGAACCCUAACCCUAGCUCGCGGACGAUCGAGUUUCUCGCCAUUUCCUCCGCUGCAAAUCCGGCCUAGCGUAUCUAUCUUACCUCCCCUGGAUCGAUCUGUAGAUCUGUAGCCCUUCGCCGUCGUAGGCCCUCGAUUCUCAUUACCUUGAGUUUCCUUGUGCUGACUUGCCUUAGUUUAGCUGGCUGAACGGGCAAUUCCACUAUCUUUAGCUCCAAUUUGGUAUCGGAAGCUUAGGAGUCGGUUUGUAUUUGAAAUGCUGGGAGUUGGGUGUAUGCUUUGCUGUUGUUGUACGGUUGUAGCGAGGGUUUUGGUUGAUUGGUCAGGCGAGGCUAGAUGGAUACCUUGGUUACGUGGUUUCGGUUUCCAUUUUUAGUGCAAUUAACAAUUUUUUUUUUUUUUGCCUCCUUGCUAUUUGAACUGUUUUGCUAACUAGCAAUUUAUAUGCUAUUUUGAGUUACGUCUUCUGACAAAACUUUGAAUUGGUUCUGAUAUUGGAAGCUAAACUUGCCAUAUUGUUCUUCUCUUGUAUCCUAAAGCUUCAGCUACUCUGUUCCUCCUUUUUGUGGCAUAUUGACAAAAAGAAGGUGGUUCUUUAUCAUGCUAGGAACGAAUCUCAAGAAGGUUCUCUUGUGGGAUUAGUGAGCAGAGGAAAUAUGCUAACUGUGUAACACAAAGAUAAAUGGAGCAUUUAGAAUCCUUAUGAUCUUGAUUCAGGAAAGAGCAUGCAGCAUAAAGGGCAUUGUGGUGCUGUUAUGGGCACCUGUCUAGAAAAAUACAAGUUCAAAAGUCAUUGUUGUUUUCCUUUCAAGAAGAUGCUCAUGCUUGCUAUAUUUUGCAUCUGAUUUUCAUGAUCAUUCUGAGGGGAAACAAUGCAACUCAUCCACAACAUUGCAAUCACUGCUUCCUCAAAGAUACCUGCCUUGUGUGACACUUUAUAAUCCAAGACACCAUCUUCUUUAUCUAUAUGCAGUUGUGGCAACAACAAUUGUUAUCUAAGGAGCUCCAACUCCAAGAGCUUCGGAGACGGCACCACCUUCAGCAGUUGGAUCAUGAAGCGAGACAACUGGUUCCACAGAGACAGAUGUCAUUUGUAGGAAAAUCUGCCACAGGAGAUCAGUUAACUGCAAUGCGUAGUGAAAUGUCAAUCAACAAUGCAUAUAACUACAUGUAGACAAAUAAUUUUCCUGGAGACCUGUCCAACUUACCAUCUACCUAUGAGAUGGUUAUUGCUGGCAAUAUGAACUUGGUGCAGCCUAGUCACCCAACAGCUUUACAGAACCUUGGCAAUGGUGAUGGUACACUGAAUUACUGCAGUCGAGCAAUGCGAUCCAUGGGAUUUAUGCCACAGCAGAAUGAUCAUUUUAUUCAUGGCUUGCCUGUUCCAGGCACUAGCAGUUUAGACCAAUACUCUCACUUCUUAGAAUUGUCUAAUAAUUGCAACAAUUUGAUAACUAAUUCAGAUGCAACCAUUGAAGCUAAGUCAUCGAAUCCGUCUACUAUUCAAUCUGGUCCAGAAUCAACUCAACGAGGAUUCUUACACGACAACACAUUGGAUAUGCAUAAUCUACAAGACAGAAAUGCAUAUGUAAAAUCUCCUAUGCAAGAUCUAGCUAAUGGUGUUACAGUUGGAAAGUUUCAACAAGCUAGCAAUCUGCAUCUCCAUGAUCAGUUUCAGGAAUUUCAUGGUAGGCAAGAACAAGAUGCUAUGCCUACUAAUUUACAGGGGAAGCAAGUAUCAGAACUUGGGAAUUCGCCAAAUGUUGCUUGUUUAGAUCCAAUGGAACAAAAGCUGUUGUUUGGCACAGAUGCUGAUAAUAACUGGGGAGUUUUAUUUAGUGGAAGCCUUAUGUCUGGCAUGGAUGGCAAUGUGCAUGCACAACAAGUAGAUAAUGAUCAUUAUGGUGCAUUUCCUUCUAUUCAAAGUGGGAGCUGGAGCGCUCUUAUGCAAGAGGCUGUUCAAGCUUCCACUAGCUAUAAAGGGCAGGAAGAGUGGAGUGGGUUGAGUAAAACUGAACCAAUAAGAACACUUUUGUGUGCAACUGAUGAUGGGAAACAAUCAAUUGGCUUGGAUGAUGACAGCUCUUACAAUCAAGUUUCGUUGAUAGCACAACCUUUUGCAACUCCAAGCUCCUUGACUGGCAAUAAUCGUCUUCUCUUGAAGACUGCUCAUGGAGAAAAUAGUACGGCAACAACUGAGGCUUCCCAUGCGUGUCUAAGGUCUUCCUUGCAAGAAACCAAUAGCAAAGAGUUUGGAAAUAGUCAGAAUCAAUCCAGGCUAGUAGAAGGUGGUGUUGAAGUUAGGAUUUCUUCAGCUAGUGAGAAUGAAACCAAACUUAUAGGUGCUAUUCAAGCUAAAAUUCCUUUUUCUAUUGGAAUAUGGGAUGGACAGUCCAUUGAGCAGAACCAUAACACUUCAGAGAACGUUCAGUUAAAGUCACAAGACAAUGGAAAUGGUAAUCUUGGCCAACAGAACUUGCUCUUAUCCAAUGUUUCUUUUCAGCCUGUCAAUAGCUUAGGUCGCUGGAUUUCUAGUCAUGCAACGGAAUCGAGAGGUGACACUCCUUCAAGUUAUGAUAGGAUCCCUGAAAAUCAUGUUGAUCAGGGUGCUGGAACACAAUUUGUCAAACCAAAUAUUGCUUGUCUCAAGAUGCAAUCAGAAGAUUCAUUAGCAGGAAAUUUAGGGUCUGUUAGGCACCCAAAUUCCCUAAAAUUGAAACACAACAUGCAUCAACAAGCUAUGGAUGAACAAAAAUCUGUUUUUGGAAGAAAUUUUGCCUGCAAUAUGUAUGUGACUUCUGACGUUGUCAAAGAUGAUGAAGAAAAUCAGACUCAGUGUGAUUUGUCAACUACUCCUGCAGCAGAAGUAUUGAGCCAUAACUUUGAAAGCCAGAAUUCAAUUCAUCAUGGCCAACUUUCAAUGGGACCUAACAUCUUUCAGAACUCAGCUGGUAAUUUGAAGAGGAAAGCUGAGCCUUCUUUCCAACCAAAUCACCAUUUAAACUUACAAAGUCUACCCAACUCAGUUUUCAGUGGAUCAAAUAACAUAGGCCAAUCAUUCAAUGGGAAUUCACAUUUUGCUGGUCAUGUUGUUGGUAACAAUCCAAAUGACACUAGUGAGGGGGUUCGAGUGGAAGCUGAGCAGCCAUCUAUAGAUGCAAAACCUCUCCACCCCUCUAGCAGUUCUUAUGAUGAAUCAAGAGCUCAAUAUACACAGAAUCAAACCAUUUCUCAAGCAAGCAAUAAUAUGCUUGAACUUCUUUACAAGGUUGAUCAGUCAAGGAAUGAGAAUUCUGUGAAUGCAUCUGAUAAGGCCAUACUAGUUGUUGCCAAUGUUCCUGCUGCCAGAGUUCACUCUGAUUGCUCUUCUAACUCAAGAGGGUUUGGAUUGCAUCUGGCUCCUCCAUCUCAGAGGCAAUCACUGCCUGACAAAGACCCAAUUUAUCAGAAGCUCUUGAAUGGUGAUAUGAUUGGACAAUCAGGCUAUGUAGAGGCUGGAUGUCAGGAUCAGUCGCAGUCUAGUCAUACUUCUUUAGGUCAACCUUUGCCUCCCCUUGAUGAAGCAUCUGAAACAGCUAAUGGGCAUAAGAUUUCCAGCCUACCAAGAGAACAAGAGAAUGAACACUUGGAAGCAAACAAGUAUUUUAACUCAUCAUCAGUCACUGCUUCUGAUUUUCCUUUAGCACAAAAUCAUCAGCAAGAGCAUCUCCAAUUUCCGCAACAAGAUCGUUCUGGUGUACAAGGUCGCCUACAGCAGCAGCAAGGUCAUAUUUCUAACAGAAACCAAGAUAACGAAGGUGCACUCAUGAAGCAGCCAGAAGAUUCUAAUAAUACAGCUGUAGCUGGCGAAUCUUUUCAGGCAUUGCCUAUUUUGUCUAGUAGAUUUUCAGCUUCUGGAGUUGCUUCCAAUGCUCAAAAUCAUAUAACUUGUGGUUCACAAUUUUUCUCUGGAAGGGCAGAUCACAUGAAACCAACAUUUGCAGAAUUUUCUCAAAUUACAAGUUUUGGCCAUCGAUUACCCUCUGUAGACACAAAACAAGUUUUACAAUCUUCAGAAUCAGUUAUGUCUAACCAAGCUGGCUUCUCAAAGCUGCAUAAUGUGUGGACGACUAUAUCAGCUCAACGACGUCAAGCCGGCAUCACUCCUAUACUUGCUCCAAAUGUACUUCAGUCCAUAAUAAAUCAUGGAAGGGAUAGAAGUUCGUGGGGCAUGCCAAAGGCUCACAGUCAAUUGAACAAGGAAGAAAGUGCUCCUGAACUUAGCACUUGUUCUUCAAACUCACGGAAAGAAGAGAAUUCAGCUCAUGUCAAAUCCUCAAAUAUACUUGAAGAGAAGAUGGAUGUUGUUUCAAGGGCAAGUAAUAUGUUCCAAGGGGAAGAAACAGCAACCUUAGAUGGAGGUUCUAGCGUUUCAGUAUCAUCUCUUGUCUCUCUGCAUCAGCAGGAUGUUAACAAGGCUAAACAUGAACACAAUCUAGCUCUUAGAUCUCAAGACUUGCUUUCUUCUCUAACAAGUGUUAUUUCUUCUAGGAGCAGUGGCAUUUGUGAACACAUGCCAAAGCCCUCAGAUGGUCAGCAGAAAAACUAUUCCUUUCUCCAUCAAAUACAGUCCACAAAGGCUUCUGAUUCUGAUAUGAACACAUUGGCAGAAAACAUGCUGAGAGGAACAUCUUUUAAUACUCCACAAAUGAACUUAAAUGUAAAUCAGAGAUUUAAUCACAGGGACAAUCCACAUUCUAGAUAUCUCCCUGAUGUUAAAGUUGUGGAAGCUUCUUAUGUUUCAGAUGCCCAAAUGUUAAACUCUAACUCAAAUGUCCAUAAAGACAAAGAUCCUAGAACAUCAACAGCAGGACAGGAUGACCUUCAAUCACAUAUUCAUCCCCUCUGCACAAAUUCCACAGCUACUGCAUCGGGGGGUAAUGAUUGCACACGCAUUAGUCCUCACAUGGUUCCUACCUCGUUUGAGCAUUAUGGAAUCUACCAAAAUGGCAAGAUGGUUGCUCUUUAUGAUGCUCAAAAGAGUGUAACCACUUCAACACAGCAGUACUCACUCCAAAAUGUUACUGCAGGGAUGGAAGAUAGUGUUAUAGUUGAACAAAGACUUGAUAACAUCCAUGCUGGUGGUUACAGGGAAGGUGCAUUGUCCUCCAAGACAUCACCCAAUGAAUCAUCACCCUUGUUACCAAACACCAGUGACCAUGGUGCAAUUUUAAGACCAAAGAAACGUAAAGGUGUGACAAUGGAUAUGCCUUGGCAUAAGAUUGUCACUGAAUCCCUACAAAGCUUGGAAAGCAUAAGUAUGGCAGAGUUGGCUUGGAAUCUGUCUGCUGAUAGAUUGAUGGAGAAGGUAGAUGAUGAAGCUGAAGCUGUGGAAGAUGGUCCAUCAUUUCCUCAUUCGCGAAGAAGGCUAAUCCUGACAACUCAGCUGAUGCAGCAACUUGUUCCAGCUUUACCAUCUGAAUUGCUGAACAGAAAGGCAACUUCAGCUUAUCAAAGUUUGUCUUUUGUUGUAGCUAAAUCAGCACUUGCAGAUGCAUGUAGCAUAGUUCCUUCCUCAAAAAAUGAUUGGCAUGAACCGUUGGUAAAGCAAAAUAUGAUGCUUGGACAGCUUGGGACUUCAAACAAGUUCACAGAGGAUUCUGUUACGAAAUCUAAUAAACUUCAAGCUGAUUUCUCAAGGUUGUUCCUCUGUGAAAAAACACUAUGUUAUUAUGGCAACAAGAAGGGUAGUCCGGUGCACGAAGCUCCCGCUAUGCGGAUCCCGAGGAAGGAUCCAUUGAUGGAGAAGGAAACUUUUCUAUUAGAUGUACGGUUGGAAUGUCAAGAAUUAGAGAGGUUCUCCAUAGUCAAUAGGUUGGCAAAGUUUCAUGGUCGAACUCAUCCUGAUGCAGUCGAAGUUUCUGCCUCUGGAACUGUCCCUCGCAGAACCUUUGCACAGAGACACAUCACCGCACUUUCCAUGCAAGGAAAUCUUCCAGACGGGGUAAUGUGUUUGUCACUCUAGGUCAGUGAUAAUUUCUCCUUGCCAAAAUGGCAAAAAGCCCCACCAAUUGUCCAUGAUCAUUCAAGCACUCCCCCAGUGAAAAGUAUUAGAUAACACUUAGCAUCUGAUCCACCAACGCCCAGUUGAACACGAGUCGAGGGGGCAGGUAGUCAUUAUUCUGAUUCAACUACCUCGUAGGGGUGUUGCAUUUGAAACAGCAUUGAUUCUUGAUGUUUAAUGCUUCAUUAAAUAUAGGUAUUUGUAUAUCAAUGAAGAAGAAAGAAAGAAAGAGUAGGUCUUCAUUUUCGAACAGGGGAUGAGUAUUAGUAUGAUUACAUAUUUUAAAUUGAAAUAAACUUCAGAAUUAGGGCUCUUCCCUUCUAAAGGAGAAGUAAAACAAAAUAAAACAUCUUUGUCGUCCUUGGCAAUUAGUUGUAAAUCUUGGUUUCUUCAGAUCUUGUCAGUUUUCAUGCUAAAGCCUUUUUGGAAGAUGUAUCUACAAUUUCAGCUACGAUAGCUGUAUAUCUUUGUUCAGAUGGUGCUAUUUUUAUGAGGUUUUUAUUCAUUCAGUUGAUCUCGAGGUAGUUUAGGAUCAAUAUCAUCAGGAUGUAACCCUAGUGCAACGAUAUGAUUUUUCAUUCGACCAUUGUACAAUUCAAUGCAUUUACAAACGCACUUGAGGAGCACGCUGCUACUUAUUUUUUGGGAGUAGAUGUCAUUGUUGAUCUGUUACCAGUUAAAUUGCGCAACAUUCCAUGGCCAAGGAGGGUGCUGAGGUAAUAAUACUAAACUGGACAUGAAGUUCAUUACUGUUAUUUAGAUUUUUUACAUCAAGUCAAUAGUUUUGAAGUAUUGUUAUGGGGAAUUAAUUCAGUCAUUUGA